AUGAAUCAAGUUCUCACGUCUCUUUUGAUUCUUCUGCUCACCUCCCUCUCCUAUCUAUCCUUCCAAUCUCUGUACCUUCCGGCCAAAAGCCUGUCCAAGAUAGAUAUGGAGAAAGUUCUCGACUGGUUUUGCUUUUGUUCUCAUGUAAUUCAGCCUUCUGUCUAUGUUCCUUCGAGCCAUAGAGAUCUGCAGCCAGACAAACAAACAACAUGGUUUGGAGUUUGUGUUGUGAGAAUUCGGAUCCAUCCAUCCAUAUGA